CGCUCGCCCGCCCGCCCCGGCCGCGUCGGAGGGCCGGCAGCGGGGCUGGAUGUGCCCGGCUCCCCCCGCGCUGAGGCGGGCAGCGAUGCAGAAGGCAGGCGGCAGCUUCGCCUCCGCCGAGAGACACCCGCUCAAGAUGGCAGAUGUGUGCUGAGUUUGGGGGGCUGCGAUCUCGCGUCGUUCGUGGCGGCGUUGCCAUGAAUAACAGGCGUCCUUGCACCGAUGGCCCCCAUGUACGAAGGUAUGGCCUCGCAUGUGCAAGUUUUCUCUCCUCACACCCUUCAGUCAAGUGCCUUCUGUAGCGUGAAGAAACUGAAAGUGGAGCCAAGUUCUAACUGGGAUAUGACUGGGUACGGCACACACAGCAAAGUCUACAGCCAGAGCAAGAACGUGCAGUCCUCCCAAGCAGCCGCCGUCAACGCCUCCCUCCAGAUCCCCAACCCGAGCAUCCCGUACGAGCAGACCAUCAUCUUCCCAGCCAGCACAGGGCACAUCGUGGUGACGUCCGCCAACAGCACUUCUGGUGUGGUUGCAGUGUCUGGGCAAACACUGGGCGGGCCACACAACCUGAUGCGUCGCAGCACUGUGAGCCUUCUGGACACCUACCAAAAAUGUGGACUUAAGCGGAAGAGUGAGGAGAUCGAGAACACGAGCAGCGUGCAGAUCAUCGAAGAGCACCCACCAAUGAUUCAGAACAAUGCCAGUGGGGCCACCGUAGCCACCGCCACCACCUCUACAGCCACAUCCAAAAACAGUGGCUCCAACAGCGAAGGGGAUUACCAAUUAGUGCAACAUGAGGUGCUCUGUUCCAUGACCAACACGUAUGAAGUGUUAGAGUUUCUUGGCCGGGGAACCUUCGGACAAGUAGUCAAAUGCUGGAAACGUGGCACUAAUGAGAUUGUGGCCAUCAAGAUCCUGAAGAACCAUCCUUCCUAUGCCCGGCAAGGCCAGAUUGAAGUAAGCAUCCUGGCUCGGCUGAGCACAGAAAGCGCAGAUGACUACAACUUUGUCCGUGCGUAUGAGUGCUUCCAGCACAAGAAUCACACAUGUUUGGUCUUUGAAAUGUUGGAGCAGAACCUCUAUGACUUCCUAAAACAAAACAAAUUCAGUCCCUUGCCCCUUAAGUAUAUUCGACCAAUUCUCCAGCAGGUAGCAACUGCCCUAAUGAAGCUGAAAAGCCUGGGACUGAUUCAUGCUGAUCUCAAGCCAGAGAACAUCAUGUUGGUAGACCCAUCCCGACAGCCAUAUAGGGUCAAGGUCAUAGACUUUGGUUCAGCUAGCCAUGUGUCUAAAGCUGUGUGUUCUACCUACCUUCAAUCCAGAUAUUACAGAGCCCCUGAAAUCAUCCUCGGUUUACCAUUUUGUGAAGCAAUCGAUAUGUGGUCGUUGGGAUGUGUCAUUGCAGAGCUGUUCUUGGGUUGGCCUUUAUACCCUGGAGCUUCAGAGUAUGAUCAGAUCCGCUAUAUUUCACAGACACAGGGCUUACCAGCAGAGUAUUUGUUAAGUGCAGGGACAAAGACUACAAGGUUUUUCAACAGGGAUACAGACUCACCGUAUCCUUUGUGGAGGCUGAAGACACCAGAUGAUCAUGAGGCAGAGACGGGGAUUAAGUCGAAGGAAGCAAGGAAGUAUAUUUUCAACUGUUUGGAUGAUAUGGCACAGGUAAGAGCACUGGUGAAUAUGACAACAGAUUUGGAAGGAAGUGAUAUGUUGGUGGAAAAGGCAGACCGGCGGGAGUUUAUAGAUCUGUUAAAGAAGAUGUUGACGAUAGAUGCAGAUAAGAGAAUAACACCCAUUGAAACUCUGAACCAUCCUUUUGUCACCAUGACACACUUGCUUGAUUUCCCUCACAGCACACAUGUCAAGUCCUGCUUCCAGAACAUGGAGAUAUGCAAGCGGCGGGUGAACAUGUAUGACACCGUGAACCAGAGCAAGACACCAUUCAUCACCCAUGUAGCUCCGAGCACGUCUACCAACUUGACCAUGACCUUUAACAACCAGCUGAACACGGUCCACAACCAGACCACCAACCUGGCUCCCACCUCCUCCAGUGCCACUAUUUCCUUAACCAACCCUGAAGUCUCCAUACUAAAUUACCAAUCUGCACUCUACCAGCCCUCAGCGGCGUCCAUGGCUGCGGUGGCCCAGCGGAGCAUGCCCUUGCAGACAGGAACAGCGCAGAUCUGUGCCCGGCCCGACCCCUUCCAGCAAGCUCUCAUCGUCUGCCCACCAGGCUUCCAAGGGUUACAAGCCUCUCCUUCGAAGCAUGCUGGGUACUCGGUUCGGAUGGAGAACGCCGUUCCCAUCGUCACUCAGGCUCCUGGGGCCCAGCCUCUUCAGAUCCAGCCAGGUCUCCUCGCACAGCAAGCCUGGCCCAGCGGCACGCAGCAGAUUCUGCUUCCUCCUGCCUGGCAGCAGCUGACUGGAGUUGCUACCCACACAUCUGUCCAGCACGCGACUGUCAUCCCAGAGUCCAUGGCCGGGACCCAGCCACUGGCAGACUGGAGAAACACUCAUGCUCACGGCAGCCACUAUAACCCCAUCAUGCAGCAGCCCGCACUGUUAGCCAGCCACGUGACUCUUCCUGCAGCCCAGCCCGUGAACGUGGGUGUCGCGCACGUCAUGCGCCAACCGCCCACCACCACCGCCUCCGCCAGGAAGAGUAAGCAGCACCAGUCGGCACCCCGAAACGCAUCCACCUAUGAAGUUUCAUCCUCUCAGUCCAUCAGCUCGCCUCAGCGGUCGAAACGAGUGAAGGAAAACACCCCUCCUCGCUGCGCCAUGGUGCACAACAGCCCUGCCUGCAGCACCUCCGUCACGUGUGGUUGGGGCGACGUGGCGACCAGCACCACUCGGGAGCGGCAGCGGCAGACGAUAAUCAUUCCCGACACCCCCAGCCCCGCAGUGAGUGUCAUCACUAUCAGCAGCGACACAGAUGAAGAGGAGGAGCAGAAGCAUGCGCCCACCAGCACUUUGUCCAAGCAAAGGAAGAACGUCAUCAGCUGUGUCACUGUGCAUGAUUCCCCCUACUCUGACUCCUCCAGCAACAACAGCCCUUACACAGUGCAACAGCGUGCAGGGCAGAACAACGGGAACACCUACGACACCAAAGGGGUUCCAGAGACUCACUGCAGUGGGAACCCCCGAACGAUCAUCGUGCCACCACUGAAAACCCAGGCCAGUGAGGUGUUGGUAGAGUGCGAUAGCCUGGCACCAGUCACCACCAGUCACCACUCAUCCUCCUACAAGUCCAAGUCCUCCAGCACCGUGACCUCCACCAGCGGUCACUCUUCAGGGAGCUCGUCUGGAGCCGUUGCCUAUAGGCAGCAGCGACCAGGAGCACAUUUCCAGCAGCAGCAGCCUCUUAAUCUAAGCCAGGCCCAGCAGCACAUCACGACCGAUCGCACAGGGAGUCACCGGAGACAGCAAGCCUACAUCACUCCAACGAUAGCUCAGGCCCCGUACUCUUUCCCGCACAAUAGUCCCAGCCAUGGUACAGUUCAUCCUCACUUGGCCGCGGCUGCCGCUGCUCACCUGCCCACCCAACCCCACCUCUACACAUACACCGCCCCCGCUGCACUGGGCUCCACGGGCACCGUUGCUCACCUGGUGGCCUCCCAAGGGUCUGCACGGCAUGCUGUGCAGCACACCACCUACCCCGCCAGCAUCGUCCACCAGGUCCCUGUCAGCAUGGGCCCGCGUGUUUUGCCCUCACCCACCAUCCACCCGAGUCAAUACCAGGCUCAGUUUGCCCAUCAGACCUAUAUCAGUGCUUCUCCAGCCUCCACAGUCUACACUGGAUACCCACUGAGCCCCACCAAGGUCAACCAGUACCCUUACAUCUAAACACUGGAAUAAGGAGCAAGAGACACACCCGUCAUGAGGGAGUGAGGCGGCUGCUUUUGUACUGAAGAACAUGACAAACUAACAAUGCAAUGGGAGGCUCACAUGAAACUUGAAUGAAGGAGACUUUAAGGAAGAAACGAGAAAGAGGAAAAAAGGGGGAGAACCAAUUCUACACUUUUUAUUUAAAAAAAAGAAAAUGGAAAAAACAGAAAAAAUAUAAAACAAAACCACAAAAAACAACCAUUCUGCACCAAACUAGAGAGAGAGAGAGAAGCAGAAGGGCCCUCCAGUGGGGUCCUGUGUUUUGAAGAACUUCACCAAUAGACUUUUAAAGGUUAUUUUCAUCCAAUAGUGAGCUACAUUUAGAAAUUUGUUGUCCAGAACACCUAAAAUGAAAUUCAUUAGGUUUUUAAUCCAAUAGGUAUAUGGUUUAGGGAUUUAUCCAGAAUUUCAAAGGGUUUAUGCCCCAUCUUUGCAGUGGUCUCUGUGUAUCUCAAAACAUAUAUGAGAUUUUGAGUCUUUUGUGGAAAUAGGAAGUGGGUAAGGGAGGCUGGUGGAGAAGAGGAAGAUGUUGUCCCAGUGCUCUAACGUCCGAUCUAAUGCUAAUGCAACUAAACAUACAUGGGCAAAACAAAACAGAGAGCAUUGGUCGAGAUCAGAAGCAAUGGGGUUGUUUUCCCUGUCCUU